CCUUUCUGAGGCGUAAGUCGGAGGCGCGGAGCUCUGAACCCAGCCAACGCCCAAUUUCCGAAGCCCUUCGGCUCAGUAACCUGAAUAAAGCCUUCGUGGAAGCACCUGGUCAAGAGCUGCGCGUCCCCAGGCACCGGAAGUGGAGGGUUCUUAACCUACUCAAGCUAGGCAUUUCUCACAUCCUCCGCGCGGUUAGAUUAAGAUGAAUGGACGUCUAACGACAGAUUCACUGCUAACUACAAGGUAGGGAAUCCACGGUCGAACUGCAAAUGAGUUUCACAUGCUUAAAUCCAAGUCCCCAAAACCACAACUGUCGGAAACGGAAGUCGCCGGGUGGCCGACCAUUGGAUGCGGAACCGGAAGCGGAACUGGAUACCGGAAAUGGGCACGGCGGCGCCAGAGAUGGCUGAAACGUUGCCUGUUGCGUCGGAGUCUCCGGCGGGUUGCAAGGCGCGGGCGGCGCGAAAUGUGCUAGGUCAGGUGGUGCUCCCAGGUGAGGAGUUGCUGCUGCCUGAACAGGAGGAAACAGACGGCGUUGGCGUUGCCGGGGAGCGACCCCUGCGCUUGAAUGCCGGGAUGCGCUCGCGAUUGCGCGUAGUGUGCGGCCCGGGCUUGCGGCGCUGCGGAGAUCGGCUGCUGGUCACUAAGUGUGGCCGCCUUCGUCACAAAGAGUCUGGCUCUGGCAGUAGUGGUGGCAUUUACUGGGUAGAUUCGCAACAGAAGCGGUAUGUGCCAGUGAAAGGAGACCAUGUGAUUGGCAUAGUGACGGCCAAAUCUGGAGAUAUAUUCAAAGUUGAUGUUGGAGGGAGUGAGCCGGCUUCUUUGUCUUACUUGGCAUUUGAAGGUGCAACUAAAAGAAACAGACCAAAUGUACAGGUUGGAGAUCUCAUCUAUGGCCAGUUUGUGGUUGCUAAUAAAGAUAUGGAACCAGAGAUGGUCUGCAUUGACAGCUGUGGAAGAGCCAAUGGGAUGGGUGUAAUUGGACAGGAUGGACUUCUCUUUAAAGUGACUUUAGGCUUGAUUAGAAAGCUGUUGGCGCCAGAUUGUGAAAUUAUACAGGAAGUGGGAAAACUCUAUCCACUGGAGAUUGUAUUUGGAAUGAACGGAAGAAUAUGGGUUAAGGCAAAAACCAUUCAGCAGACUUUAAUUUUGGCAAACAUUUUAGAAGCUUGUGAACACAUGACAACAGAACAAAGGAAACAAAUCUUUGCCAGAUUAGCAGAAAGUUGAUAAAUGUGGACUUCGCUAAUGGGUCAAUGGAACCAAGAAACUGGGUUUCCUACAAAAACUUUUCUGGUGAACCUCUCCUACUAAAUCUUCAGGCAGGAUGUGAAUGUACAUAAUUAGUGUUUAGAGUACCAAAUAAAAUAUUUUUGUAAGGAA